GAAAAAAAAAAGGUUGAAACUUUAAAAGGGGAUAUUUAAGCUUCUCAUCUUCCUUACCCUUCGCGGAGAUCGGAGAAAAUGGCUGCCAAUUUCUGGGAAUCGUCUCAAUACAAACAGCUUUUGGACCAAGAAGAAGUGGAUGUAGUUCAACCUCUCGACAAAGAACGUGGAAUUUCAGUCGAGGAUUUCAAGCUCAUCAAGUUCCAUAUGUCUAAUCAUAUAAUGAAGUUGGCUCAGCACAUUAAAGUGAGGCAAAGGGUUGUGGCUACCGCUAUAACAUACAUGAGACGGGUUUAUACCAAGAAGAGCAUGGUAGAGUUUGAGCCCCGUCUUGUUGCUAUUGCAUGCUUGUACCUGGCUUCUAAAGCUGAAGAGAGCAUAGUCCAGGCCAGGAAUCUUGUUUUUUACAGCAAAAGAUUGUAUCCGGAUGAGUACAAGUAUGAACUAAAAGAUAUAUUAGGAAUGGAGAUGAGGGUCUUAGAAGCACUGGACUAUUAUCUGGUUGUGUUUCACCCUUACCGGUCAUUAUCUGAGUUUUUGCAAGAUGCUGCAUUGAACGAUGUCAAUAUGAACCAGUUUACAUGGGGAAUUGUCAACGAUACUUAUAAGAUGGACCUGAUUCUUGUACACCCUCCUUAUCGCAUAGCGCUAGCGUGCAUAUACAUAGCAAGUGUCCAGAGAGAGAAAGACAUCACUGCAUGGCUUCAAGAUCUUAACGAGGACAUGAACUUGGUGAAGAACAUUGCCAUGGAGAUUCUGGACUUCUACGAGAACUACAGAACCAUCACGGAUGAAAAAGUGAGUUCUGCGUUCAGCAAACUGGCUUUGAAGCCGUGACAGCUGGGGAAUAGCCUCCAUCUCUUCAAUUUAUCUGAUGCUCUCUUUAUACAGAAAAAACAGAUUAAAGACUUCCUCAGUUGCCCAUGUUAGUUUUGUGGCGGACAUGUAACAUUGUUGAAUCUUACCAAACAUAAUUCUUUAAGUGAUAACUUCCAUCUACUGAAACGUCUUUCUACAUUAUUGCAUACACACCAAGUUGAGAAAACAUAACACAUGAAGCCAUGUUCAGUGAGGAACAUGUAAUGUAAUAAUUGAUUACAUGAUUUCCAUCUUAAAGUGGAAGUGGUGGUCUCGCACUCUCUGGCUAAGUUGAUUUAGAGGAGAAAAAGAACAUAUCAUUUACUUCUCCCCAACAAAGUAGACAGUAAUCGAGGUCUGCACACCACAUUGGGUAUGCAGCUAAUAAGAAGUUAGGGUUUACAUUAGCAUGACACCAUUCACAUAUCCGUAGCAACACACACACGGAACCCUCUGCGAUACAGUGCAUAACCAUAUGCCACACAUACCUUUGUCCUUACGACACAUCUUAAACAAAUGUUCAACAACAUUCAACUUCUCUAUGGAUCUACUCUACUUACAUCUUCCUCAAUUCAUUUUCCCACUCAGGCAGAGCUUUAUCGGUGUGAGUACUAUAGCCGUGUAAGGAACGUUAUAUACUUUGGGAGCCAUUAAGUGCUGUGUCCGCCUCCUUUAUGUGCCCAUCAUCGAUGCUGCUAAUAGAGCAAAAACUGCUGCAAAGUGGGAAGUUUCUUCUCAUGGUUUGUGGCGUGGGAACAUCAGAAAA